AUGGUAUCCGUUGGUUCAUUCUUUUUCUUUCACUCUCUCUUUCUCUAUCUCCAUCUCUUUCUCUCUUUCUGUCACUUUUAUCGAAAAGAAACAGUGAUAGAAACAAAAUGUGAAAUCUAUCUAUCUAUCUAUCUAUCUAUCUAUCAUUUUGUUCAUUAUCUAUCUAUCUAUCUAUAUCAGUCUGUUCAUUAUCUAUCUAUCUAUCUAUCUAUCUAUAUAUAUAUAUAUAGUCUAAUCAUUAUUAUCUAUCUAUCUAUCUAUCUAUCUAUAUAUAUAUAUAUAUAUAUAUAUAUAGAUAUCUAUCUAUCUAUGUCAUUCUCUUCAUUAUCUAUCUAUCUAUCUAUCUAUCUAUCUAUCUAUCUAUCUCAGUCUGUAUCAUUAUCUAUCUAUCUAUCUAUCUUUUAUAUAUAUAUAUAUAUAUAUAUAGUCUGUUCAUUAUCUAUCUAUCUAUCUAUCUAUCUAUCUAUAUCUAUAUAUAUAUAUAUAUAUAUAUCUAUCUAUCUAUCUAUCUAUCUUUCAUUAUCUAUCUAUCUAUCUAUCUAUCUAUCUAUGUUAUUAUGUUCAUUAUUGAAGAUAACUUAG